AUGGAGAACGAAGAUGACUACACAACAUCAGUUUGCCUUAGCUUUAACAGUUACACCACCAACGGUCGAACCGCUGAGACCGCCGAGCGAGUUCGGCUCGAGUUUUCCGACGAAUCCAACGAUGAGUUUGAGUUUCCAAUUCUUGACAAAGACGGAUCAUCACUGUUGCUGCCACUGGCUACGGUUAAGACUCAGCUAAAGGAAUUGUUCCUACACGAAGAUCAGUCUUAUUCAUCAUCUUCAUCAUCUUCAUCAGAUGAGGAAGAGCUUGACGUAGUCUCGAGUGAGAAAUCGCUAAAGAGAGGUCGUUGGAGAAAGAGCAAAUCUACGGGAGCAUCAUCGUCGACAACAUCGUGGAGAAUUAGUGAUUUGUUGAAGAGAAGUUAUAGUGAAGGGAAACAAUCUCUCAAGUUCUUGAAUUCGAAUUCAAGAAACAGAGAAGAGUUUACUAAGAAGGAGAAGGAGAAGGUUGUUUGUGCACAUGAGAAGUUUUAUCUGAGAAACAAAGCGAUGAAGAGCGAAGACAAGAGAAGAUCAUAUCUACCUUACAAGCAACAUGUCUUUGAAUAUAUAUUUUUCAAAGUAGUGAUGCUAGGCGACUCCAACGUUGGAAAAACAAAUCUUAUAUCGAGUUUCACCAAAGAUGAGUUCGAAGUUGAGUCAAAGUCGACCAUUGGCAUUGACUGGCUAACUCGAUACGGUAGCAUAAACGACAAGAACAUGAAAGUCCAAUUUUGGGACACCAAUGGUCGUGAACGGUCUGUUUUUUUUUAAUGCAUAUAUACGUACAGGCCAUUGGCAAACCAUUACUACAAGGAAGCUACGGUGGCUUUAAUAGUGUACGACAUCACGUUUUACACAUCGUUCAAGAACGUUGAAGGAUGGCUGAAAGAGCUACGUGAGCAUACGAAUGAUCCCAAUAUGGUUAUCGCCCUCGUAGGCAAUAAGUGUGAUCUUGGUCACCUCCGAGCCGUCUCGGAGGAAGAACUCGAAUCUUUAGCGGUGAAAGAAAGUGUCUGUUUCCAAGAGAUAUCGACUCUCAAUGAAACACAAGUUAGAGAAGUUUUUCAGCUUUCCAUCAUGGAAGCUGCGAGACGAAAAGGCCUUUACGGUACAAUGAAAUUUAAUCAUUGUAUCAAAGUUGACCGAGCUAGGCGAGUUGGCUGA